UGUUGAAGUUUUAAAGCGUAAAAUCCUCUAUGGAAUGGAGCCCUCACAUAUUUCCAUCCCAUGAGGAACAGGAAGAUCGAGAUUUUCGAGGUGCUUUCCACGAAGGAUGGAGUAUCAUAGCUUUCGGACUUAUUCAUUUCGAAGUUAUGCAUCGUAAGGUAUAGGUGAGAAAUAAGAAAGGUGGAGAAAGUGGAGGGCAAUUUUGCGCGUCUGCUCGAAGAAAAUGGUGACUACGUAGAUUCUUCUUGCACGAAGAUUACAUGCAGUGUCACGCGUCUGCGGGGAUUGCCGCCACUUACGUCGACGAGGAAUCUUCGAGUCAGCGAUCAGGAGCGACAUAUUGAUGUGCCGGCGAUCGAUCCACGGACCAAGUGACGAGGCACCGACGCGCCGCCAAGAAAAUCUCCACAGACAAAUCCUCGGGAUGGAGUUAAGAACGGCGAAACUGUUACUUUACUCGACACUGGUGGUCGUGGUGUGUUGGAGCCAGGAAUAUUGGACGGGGCUGUGUUCGUCGUCGUGCAAGUGCAGAUGGAUCUCCGGCAGGAAGACCGCCGAAUGCAUCAAGCAGAAUCUCACGCAGAUACCCAGCAGUUUGUCGCCAGAGAUUCAGAACUUCGAUUUGACCGGGAAUCGUAUCAUGCACCUGAUGCACGACUCGUUCAGUCGGGUGCAUCUUGUCAAUCUUCAGAAGCUGGUGCUGCGAAAAUGCGAGAUCGAGUCGAUCCAUACAGACGCGUUCAAUGGCCUGAAGAUCGUGAUUGAGAUCGAUUUAUCAGGAAAUAACAUUAAAACCUUGUAUCCCGGUACGUUCAGGGAGACGCAACGAUUGAGGGUACUGUUGUUGAACGAGAACAAGCUUAAGGUGUUGGAAAACGGUUUGUUCCACGAUCUCGCAUAUCUACAAAAGGUGAUGCUGUCUAACAACGAGUUAGAGCGAGUGGAGGAGGAAACCUUUCGUAAUCUUCCGGAAUUGCGAUUGUUGACCUUGGAUGGGAAUAAUCUGAGCGUAUUGAGGGUGCAGAGCUUCGAGACGUUGCCAAAGCUUGGGAGCCUAGAGCUGCAUAACAAUCCAUGGAAUUGCAAUUGCCGUCUGAAGAAAUUUCGCGAUUGGACGAUAGAACGAAAGCUGUAUACGAAACCCACUACAUGCCAGCAACCAGCUACCCUUGCAGGGAGGAUGUGGGACGAAGUCAGCAGUGACGAAUUCGCUUGCCGACCUGAAAUCUUCACGAUAGGACCAUCAGUGAAGGUCGAGGUUGGCAAUGGCAACGUCACCUUUUGGUGCAAGGCUUCUGGGAUCCCACGACCGCAGUUGGCCUGGGUACAUCGGUCGAGAAUCUUGAACAAUCAUACGAGACGACACAACGGAGAGAAAAACUACAUCCUGAAAUCGAGCCACGAAUGGCUGAACCUCACGAUACCGGACGUUAUUUCUUCGGACAAGGGUGAUUACGUCUGUCUGGCGAAAAGUCCGGGCGGAAAUACAGAGAAGAACGUGACCCUGAUUAUCGCUGGUGACGCCAUGGGCGGCAAGGACAAUAUAAUUAGUCUGCCUCUCGCGCUCGGUUUGGGCGUGACCGCGUUGCUACUUCUGGUGGUGACCGUGUCCUUUUGCGUGUGUUAUUGUCGUCGCCGACGAACGAGGCACGACGAGAAGAGCUUAGAGGCCGCCUCGAUGGAGCACCACGGUCUCGGUGAACAGGAGAAGUCCCUCAUCACGACUAUAAAUCCCGUGGUGAAGCCACCCAGACGAUACGAAGCGCCUUCGGUGACGUCGCACGGCACCGAGAUGACAGAGCUGAACCGUACAUUGCUCGACAACGACUCAGUCUUCGGUCAGUACACUGCUUACAUUACUAAACAGUGCGUGGCCAGGUGCUAUAUCACAAAAUACAUACUUGUGGCGUCCACCGCGCCCGACAACACGCGUCUUCCGAGUCAACAUGUGACACCCACCGCGUUUGGCUCACCCUCGAACCAAUAUCCAGCAGCUUUCAAGACUUUGCCGCACAACCGUAGCGUUACACCCUAUGGAAUUACGAGCUCGUCGAUCGCACCAGUAAUGCCACGUCAUGGCUACGUGACGAUACCACGCAGACCAAGAGCACCCAGCUGGAGCAGCGGUCCACCCACAUCGCCUACGGAUGGAUUGGAGCCGGUUUACGAUAAUUUGGGAUUAAGGACGACCGCUGAUGGUAGUUCGGUCCUAUCGUUGAACAAAAGUCCCGAACCCUUGUCCACGAUGAGGAAUCGACCUCUGCCUGGAACGCCAGGUUCGCACUACGGUACGAUACAACGAAGCACACCGAAUAUAUUGACCAGCAGUCCACUCGAUAGAGCCGCUCCGGAAGGUGCAGCCGAAUGGCCAACCAAACUCGCUGACGAAUCGACCGACAGUAAUCAUCUUGUUGGACAAGCCCAACCGCAACAGCAACAACAAUCUGGUAGUAGCAACACGUUAGGAAGAAAAGUACCACCAAGACCACCUCCAAAACCUAAGAAGAAGUCAACCAACGGUCCCCUGUACGAGGACGAGGGCGAAGACGGCACAGAGGUAUGAUCGACGUACGUCGGUCGACGAAGAUGAGGCCGCGAGGUCGUGGCCGUGCUGAGGAGGAGAGACGCAUGACCGAAGCCACAUUAGACCGGUAGUGCCUUUCAAGUUGAAACGACCCCCUCGAUGCGC